AUGGCUUUCAGGGCAACAAACCAGUUGAGACCAAUGCUGAAAGCAAUGGGAUCACAAAGCCGCUCAUUUGCAUCCUCUGCAACAAGAAAAUAUGCAACCGCAGCAGCAGAUGCAGCCAUGCAUGUUCAUGAACACAUGCACCAGGCAAAGUCCAAGUUCCCGGCCAAUGGGGAUUGGGCUCCGGUCAUGAUCAUGGGCGGUUUUCUUGUAACCGUGGUCACCUUGGCCACUCACAGUGCUUGGCAGCAACUAGCAUAUUCCCCAACGGUUCAACUAAGCAAGAAGAAGAGAGAAACUGUUCCCGAGGUGUACCAGCCAGAUGCUGUUCUGGGUUCAUCUGACAAGUUCAUUAACAAGUCUUUUCUUCGAAAAGUUGCUCACAUUCAGGACCAUAAACGCACCCUUGACGACCCUUCUCGCCCGAACCCCUUCACUCAUCCAAGGGACAUUGAGUCACUGAAAUCGGUUGGAGUUCGUGAAUAA